CGAAGAAUUUGAAGGACCUGCCAAAAAUGGAAAACCGGGAAGAAAAUAUUGGAUUCAAGAUGCUCCUGAAGAAAUGUUUGAUGAGAUUGUUGAACAUUUUGUGACUGGAUUUUUAAAGGAUGAACCAGUUUCAAAAUAUUUAAAUGGUUUGUCAGAUGAUAUAAGCACUCAGGAAACGCGCGUGAUGCAUAAGCAUCUUCUCGAAGAAAAAUGAGUCUGGUUUGUUUAACAAAAAAUGACAAAGGUGACACAGUCCUAGCGGGUUUUAAUGUUUUAAGUAUAUCGACACCUGAUGAAAAAAUUUCUGAUAUUAAAGUUGACGGAUGGUUUAUCAAUUUUAUUCUGAAGUUUUUCACUUACCUGGACGCCCAGAGAAAUGUCUUUCAAGAAUUCGGUGUUGACAAGUGCUUGAAAGCUAUGGGUUUGUAUGUACUACCAGAUUAUCGAGGAGAAGGCCUGGGAUGGAAACUAUUACAAGCCAGGAUACCAUUAUGUAAAAGUAUGGGUAUCAAAGUUACUACCACCGUUUUUACAUCGAUAGUUUCCCAGAAACAAGCCUACAAAGCUGGUUUUCAAGAUUAUUUCAGCGUUGAUUACGAUGUUUUAGGCAAAACGAAACCAGAAUUUAACAUUCCCAACAUUCAGGAACACACGAAAGCUGUUAAAAUAUUAUACAAACUUGUAGAUUAAAUGUUAAACAUUAACAAAAUUAAGGUUUUUCUGAAUAUGUAGCCAAAUAUUUGAGAAUUUUAGUACAUUUUAAUAAAUUGUUAUAAAUCA